UCCCAAAAUCAGAUAAAACUGAAUUAAAAACCCUAAAUUGCAAAAAAGGGGAAUCACGAUCCCCAAUUUCACCCAAACCAGAAGACUCGAUUCAUCUCAAUUCGAUAUCGAUUAAGUUCGUGAUCUCUGAAUCGAUCGAUCCUUGAUCCAUAUUGUAUAAAUCGCAGGUUUUCACAUCAAUGGCAGCUCUGAAGGAGAUCUUGCCACCUGCGAAAUCAUCCGCUGCUACAUUCUAUGAUCAUUCAAGUGAUCCGUGGUUCAAACAAAGAUAUUCCGCUUCAACAGAAGAGGAAGUGGCCAAUGUUGUUAAAACCAACCCUAUCCCAGUAUACAACACCCCAGAAAGGUUGAAAUAUCGGCCAUCGAAACCACAAGAUUUUGGCGAUGGUGGAGCGUUUCCCGAGAUUCACUAUGCACAAUAUCCACUUGAUAUGGGUCGAAAAAGAGAUUCGAAUUCUGGCCCGAAAACAUUACCUGUUACUGUCGAUGACAAGGGGAAUUUAACAUUUGAUGCGAUUGUGAAGCAAAAUGAAAAUUCUAGAAAGAUUGUUUAUUCGCAACACAGAGAUAUUAUUCCGAAGAUUCUGAAAGACGAUGAAGAAGAGUACGAAGAAGACGAUGAGAAACAACAAGAGAUUGAAAAAACUACACUGCAAACAAAAGAAGCUCUUGAGAAGAUCGUAAACGUGAGGUUGAGUGCCGCACAACCGAAAAAUGUUCAAACACAAUCGCAAGAUUCGAAAUUUAUCAAGUACAAACCGUCACAGCAAUCGGCUGCGUUUAAUUCGGGUGCGAAGGAAAGAAUUAUCCGGAUGGUGGAAAUGCCAGUGGACCCGUUAGAGCCACCGAAGUUUAAACACAAGCGGGUCCCAAAAGCUAACGGGUCACCCCCGGUUCCCGUCAUGCACUCGCCGCCACGACCCGUGACGGUUAAGGACCAGCAAGAUUGGAAAAUUCCACCGUGUAUUUCGAACUGGAAAAAUCCGAAAGGGUACACAAUCCCUCUCGAUAAACGUUUGGCAGCCGAUGGUAGAGGGCUUCAAGAGGUUCAAAUUAACGAUAAUUUCGCAAAGCUUUCAGAAGCUUUGUAUGUAGCGGAACAACAGGCCCGUGAAGCCGUUUCCAUGAGGUCCAAAGUUCAAAAGGAAAUGAUGAUGAAAGAAAAAGAAAGAAAAGAGCAGGAAUUGCGUGCGUUGGCUCAAAAAGCCCGAUCUGAAAGGACUGGUACCGGGCCCGCUAUUGGUUCGGGUCCAGGCUCGUUUGCACCUGACAUGAAUAUGAUGGAUACUGAUGAGCCGAUGCGACCCGAACAUGAGCAUGGACGUGAACAUGAACAUAAACAUAAACGUGGGUCUGAUCGGGACAGGGAUAGAGACCAGCCGAGAGAGACAAAAGAGGAGAGAGAAGAACGGAUUCAGAGAGAGAAAAUCCGAGAAGAACGACGUAGAGAACGUGAGAGAGAAAGACGAUUGGAAGCUAAAGACGCAGCCAUGGGAAAAAAGAGCAAGAUCACACGCGAUCGGGACCGUGACAUCAGUGAAAAGGUGGCUCUUGGUAUGGCAUCGGCUGGGUCGGGCCGUGGCGGUGAGGUUAUGUACGACCAACGGUUAUUCAACCAAGAAAAGGGAAUGGAGUCCGGUUUCGCAACCGAUGAUCAAUACAACAUAUACGAUAAAGGCUUGUUCACUGCGCAACCGACAUUAUCAACAUUAUACAGGCCAAAGAAGGAUGCUGACGAUGAGAUGUACGGUGGGGCUGAUGAGCAGCUAGAGAAGAUUAGGAAGACGGACCGGUUCAAACCGGAUAAGGGGUUCACGGGUGCGGGUGAGAAGAGUGGGCCGAGAGGCGGACCGGUUGAGUUUGAAAGGGAUGUGGUUGAAGAUGCGGAUCCGUUUGGUCUGGACCAGUUUUUGACGGAGGUUAAGGGUGGAAAGAAACCGUUGGAUAAGAUUGGGAGCGGUGGGACCAUGAGAGCAAGUGGUGGUGGGUCGCGAGAUGGAUAUGAAGGGUCGGGCAGGACUCGUAUUGGGUUUGAAAAGGGGCGGUGAUUCGAGCACAAGUGGUCGCUGACUCGGUUGCUAUGAGAGCUGCUUGCUUUAAAGGUUAAAGUAUUUUUAUUUGUAUUAAACUUGGAUGUUUGUCAUAUUACUCUUUAAACUAUGGAUGUUAGUUUGUAUUGUUUUGUUGGGACUCAUCGUUUUAAAAUAUAAACCGAGACUCAAGUGUGGUUGGUGA